UAGUAAGAAUGGCUUUCUGUUCACCAGAAGGGCCACUUUCAGUUUGUCUCUUAAUUAAGUGCCAAACAAAAGCUUUGUCAUAGUGACGCCGUGACAUCCACGUCAGUUGAACGUCAAGUGGGCCCAGAAGACAGCUGUGUUUGGCAGGGAAACGCUGGUGGUUUCUGACACCAUGGCAUCAUAAGAUCGCUCUUAUCAGUAGCUUUCUACCUCACCAUCAGUUAGGAUAGAACCACAAGCUGCUACGUUUCAUCACGAUCUCGCUACAGUUUCAGUAUGGCUCUCACAGACUUCCUUGCUGCGUCAGAUAUUACUUCAGCUAUCAAUGCUUGCAGAGCAAACGACUCCUUCAGCCCAAAGAAGUUUUUUGCGAUGGUGGGCUUGUCCAAGAAGUCUCCCCCUGAGAUUGAGAAGAUCUUCAUGAUCCUGGACCAGGACAAGAGUGGCUACAUCGAACAGGACGAGCUACAGCUUUUCCUCCAGAACUUCUCCAAGGGGGCUCGUCCCCUGACAGCGGCUGAGACCAGAGCCUUUCUCCUAGCUGGGGACAAAGACGGGGACGGAAAGAUAGGCUGGGACGAGUUCUCCAACCUUGUCAUGUCUUCAUAAAGAGAGGAAGAUAAAGAAGAUGUUUAUUUUUGACAAUCUUGUAGUUUGAAGACAAGCAGUACAUGGUCUGUGUGAAUCUGCUCAGUGCCUUCUUGGGUUGGUCCAGCCUCUGUCUGUCAGUACAAGUAGUGCAAUAUGCUGUAUGCUAGUUUUGACUAAGGAAAAUAUGAUAUUGUAAACCAAUACAAAUAAACAGUCUUUGGCUUAACACUU